GCGCACGGCGCGCCCGGGCGGGCCGGCUGGCUGGGAAGAUGGCGGCAGGAGCCUUGGCCGCGGCGGGGGAGCGGGCCCGGGGCGUCCGGGGUGUGCGGGCCGGGGCCGGGGCCGGGCCAUGAGCGCGCCGCCCUCGCGUCCCCGAGCCGCGGAGCCCGCCCGCGCCCCUCGCCAUGGCGCGGCUCGCGGACUACUUCGUGCUGGUGGCGUUCGGGCCGCAUCCGCGCGGGAGUGGGGAAGGCCAGGGCCAGAUCCUGCAGCGCUUCCCAGAGAAGGACUGGGAGGACAACCCGUUCCCCCAGGGCAUCGAGCUGUUUUGCCAGCCCAGUGGGUGGCAGCUGUGUCCUGAGAGGAACCCACCGACCUUCUUUGUUGCCGUUCUCACUGACAUCAACUCUGAGCGGCACUACUGCGCCUGCCUGACCUUCUGGGAGCCAGCAGAGCCCACACAGGAAGCAGUGUGCACCGAGGAUGCCCCCGAGAGGGAGGAGGAGGUGGAUGAGGGAGGCCCAGUGCGACUGUCACCUGCAGCGCCCGGCCCGCCUGGCCAGCUGUUUGCUCCAAAGACGCUGGUGCUGGUGUCUCGACUGGACCACGCGGAGGUGUUCAGGAACAGCCUUGGUCUCAUCUACACCAUCCAUGUGGAGGGCCUGAAUGUGGGCCUGGAGAACGUGAUUGGGAACCUGCUCACAUGCAUCAUCCCCCUGGCUGGGGGCUCGCAGCUGGACUCUGUUGAGGACGGAGUGAGAACCAUCUCGUUGGGGGCUGGCGACCGGCAGGUCAUCCAGACCCCGCUCGCCGACUCGCUGCCCAUCAGCCGCUGUAGCGUCGCCCUGCUCUUCCGCCAGCUGGGUAUCACCAACGUGCUGUCUUUGUUCUGUGCUGCUCUCACGGAGCACAAGGUGCUCUUCUUGUCUCGGAGCUACCAGAGGCUCUCAGACGCCUGCCGGGGGCUCCUGGCACUGCUGUUCCCUCUCAGAUACAGCUUCACCUAUGUGCCCAUCCUGCCGGCACAGCUCCUGGAAGUCCUCAGCACACCCACCCCCUUCAUCAUUGGAGUCAAUGCGGCCUUCCAGGCAGAGACCCAGGAGCUGCUGGACGUGAUUAUUGCUGAUCUUGAUGGAGGGACGGUGACUGUCCCCGAGUGUGUGCACAUUCCAUCCCUGCCAGAGCCACUGCAGAGUCAGACACACAGUGUUCUUAGCAUGGUCCUGGAUCCAGACCUGGAGUUGGCAGAUCUCGCCUUCCCCCCACCCACGACAUCCACUUCCUCCCUGAAGAUGCAGGACAAGGAGCUGCGUGCCGUCUUUCUGCGGCUCUUUGCUCAGCUCCUGCAGGGCUACCGCUGGUGUCUGCACAUGGUCCGCAUCCACCCAGAGCCUGUCAUCCGUUUUCAUAAGGCAGCCUUCCUGGGCCAGCGUGGGCUGGUGGAGGAUGAUUUCCUGAUGAAGGUGCUGGAGGGCAUGGCUUUUGCAGGCUUCGUGUCGGAGCGUGGGGUCCCUUACCGCCCUACGGACCUGUUUGAUGAGUUGGUGGCCCACGAGGUGGCACGGAUGCGGGCGGAUGAGAACCACCCCCAGCGUGUCCUGCGUCACGUCAAGGAACUGGCAGAGCAGCUCUAUAAGAACGAGAACCCAUACCCUGCUGUGGCUAUGCACAAGGUGCAGAGACCAGGGGAGGCCAGUCACCUGCAGCGGGUGCCCCGGCCCUUCCCCCGGCUGGACGAGGGCAUGGUGCAGUGGAUUGUGGACCAGGCCACGGCCAAGAUGCAGGGUGCACCCCCGGCUGUGAAGGCUGAGAGGAGGACAACUGUGCCCUCAGGUCCCCCCAUGACUGCCAUACUGGAGCGGAGCAGCGGGCUCCAUGGCAACAGUGCACGCCGUCUGGAGGUGGUCCGAAACUGCAUCUCCUAUGUCUUUGAGGGAAAGAUGCUUGAGGCCAAGAAGCUGCUCCCGGCUGUGCUGAGGGCCCUGAAGGGGCGUGCGGCCCGCCGCUGCCUCGCCCAGGAGCUACACCUGCAUGUGCAGCAGAACCGGGCAGUCUUGGACCACCAGCAGUUUGACUUCGUCGUCCGCAUGAUGAACUGCUGCCUGCAGGACUGCACCUCCCUGGAUGAGCAUGGCAUAGCAGCUGCUCUACUGCCCCUGGUCACGGCCUUCUGCCGGAAGCUGAGCCCGGGGGUGACGCAGUUUGCGUAUAGCUGCGUGCAGGAGCACGUGGUGUGGAGCACGCCGCAGUUCUGGGAGGCCAUGUUCUACGGGGAUGUACAGACCCACAUCCGAGCCCUCUACUUGGAGCCUGCCGAGGACCGAGACCCCUCCCAGCUUGGAGAGGCGUCUGCACAGGAUGAGCGCUCUGCCCUGGACGUGGCGUCUGAGCAGCGGCGUCUGUGGCCAACCCUGAGCCGUGAGAAGCAGCAGGAGCUGGUGCAGAAGGAGGAGAGCACAGUGUUCAGCCAGGCCAUCCACUACGCCAACCGCAUGAGUUACCUGCUGUUGCCCCUGGACAGCAGCAAGAGCCGCCUGCUGCGGGAGCGUGCGGGGCUGGGUGACCUGGAGAGCGCCAGCAACAGCCUGGUCACCAACAGCAUGGCGGGCAGUGUGGCGGAGAGCUAUGACACGGAAAGCGGCUUCGAGGAUGCAGAGACCUGCGAUGUGGCUGGGGCUGUGGUCCGCUUCAUCAACCGCUUCGUGGACAAGGUCUGCACAGAGAGUGGGGUCACCAGCGACCACCUCAAGGGGCUGCAUGUCAUGGUGCCAGACAUUGUCCAGAUGCACAUCGAGACCCUGGAGGCCGUGCACCGAGAGAGCAAGAGGCUGCCCCCCAUCCAGAAGCCCAAACUGCUGCGGCCGCGCCUGCUGCCUGGAGAGGAGUGUGUGCUGGACGGCCUACGUGUCUACCUGCUGCCAGACGGGCGAGAGGAGGGCGCAGGGGGCAGUGGGGGAGGGCCUGCACUGCUCCCAGCCGAGGGCGCCAUCUUCCUCACCACAUACAGGGUCAUCUUUACGGGGAUGCCCGCCGACCCCCUGGUGGGGGAACAGGUGGUGGUCCGCUCCUUCCCGGUGGCUGCACUGACCAAGGAGAAGCGCAUCAGCGUCCAGACCCCCGUGGACCAGCUCCUGCAAGACGGGCUGCAGCUGCGCUCUUGCACAUUCCAGCUGCUGAAGAUGGCCUUUGAUGAGGAGGUGGGGUCUGACAGCGCCGAGCUCUUCCGCAAGCAGCUGCACAAGCUGCGUUACCCGCCGGACGUCAGGGGCACCUUCGCCUUUGCCCUGGGCUCCGCCCACACGCCUGGCCGGCCGGCCCGUACCACCAAGGACAAGGGUCCUUCCUUCAGGACCUUGUCCCGGAACCUCGUGAAGAAUGCCAAGAAGACCAUCGGGCGGCAGUAUAUCACUCGGAAAAAGUACAACCCCCCAAGUUGGGAGCACCGGGGCCAGCCACCCCCUGAGGACCAGGAGGACGAGAUCUCAGUGUCGGAGGAGCUGGAGCCCAGCACGCUGACCCCCUCCUCGGCCCUGAAGCCCUCGGACCGCAUGACCAUGAACAGCUUGGUGGAGCGGGCGUGCUGCCGGGACUACCAGCGCCUGGGCCUGGGCACACUGAGCAGCAGCCUGAGCCGCGCCAAGUCCGAGCCCUUCCGCAUCUCCCCAGUCAACCGCAUGUAUGCCAUCUGCCGCAGCUACCCUGGGCUGCUGAUCGUCCCGCAGAGCGUCCAGGACAAUGCCCUGCAGCGGGUCUCCCGCUGCUACCGCCAGAACCGCUUCCCCGUGGUCUGCUGGCGCAGCGGGCGCUCCAAGGCCGUGCUGCUGCGCUCAGGGGGCCUGCACAGCAAGGGUGUGGUCGGCCUUUUCAAGGCCCAGAAUGCACCUUCUCCAGCUCCAGCUCUUCCUCUAGGCCAGUCCCAGGCGGACUCCAGCAGCUUGGAGCAGGAGAAGUACUUGCAGGCUGUGGUCAGCUCCAUGCCCCGCUAUGCUGAUGCUUCAGGACGCAACACCCUCAGCGGCUUCUCCUCGGCCCACAUGGGCAGCCACGUGCCCAGCCCCAGAGCCAGGGUCACCACGCUGUCCAACCCCAUGGCGGCCUCGGCCUCCAGACGGACCGCUCCCCGAGGUAAAUGGGGCAGUGUCCGGGCCAGUGGGCGCAGUGGUGGGCUUGGUGCUGACGUGGGCUCCCGGCUAGCAGGCAGAGACAUGCUGAGUUCCCCCCAAGCCAAUGGGGCUCCCCCUGACCCAGGAUUUUUGCGGCCACACCGUGCAGCUCUCUACAUCAUUGGGGACAAAGCCCAGCUCAAGGGUGUGCGGCCAGACCCCCUGCAGCAGUGGGAGCUGGUGCCCAUCGAGGUGUUUGAGGCACGGCAGGUGAAGGCCAGCUUCAAGAAGCUGCUGAAGGCGUGUGUCCCGGGCUGUCCUGCUGCCGAGCCCGGCCCAGCCUCCUUCCUGCGCUCGCUGGAGGACUCAGAGUGGCUGAUCCAGAUCCACAAGCUGCUGCAGGUGUCGGUGCUGGUGGUGGAGCUCCUGGACUCGGGCUCCUCCGUCCUGGUGAGCCUGGAGGAUGGCUGGGACAUCACCACCCAGGUGGUAUCCCUGGUGCAGCUGCUCUCAGACCCCUUCUAUCGCACCCUGGAGGGCUUCCGUCUGCUGGUGGAGAAGGAGUGGCUCUCCUUCGGCCAUCGAUUCAGCCACCGAGGGGCCCACACCCUGGCCGGGCAGAGCAGUGGCUUCACACCUGUCUUCCUGCAGUUCUUGGACUGCGUGCACCAGGUCCACCUGCAGUUCCCCAUGGAAUUCGAGUUCAGCCCAUUCUACCUCAAGUUCCUUGGCUACCACCAUGCGUCUUGCCGCUUCCAGACCUUCCUGCUCGACUCAGACUACGAGCGCAUCGAGCUGGGGCUGCUGUACGAGGAGAAGGGGGAGCGAAGGGGCCAGCAGGCGUGCAGGUCUCUGUGGGAAUACGUGGACCGGCUGAGUAAGAGGACACCCAUGUUCUACAACUAUAUGUAUGCGCCUGAGGACACAGAGGUUCUGCGGCCCUACAGCAACGUGUCCAACCUGAAGGUGUGGGACUUCUACACUGAGGAGACGCUGGCCGAGGGCCCCCCCUACGACUGGGAGCUGGCCCAGGGCCCCCCCGAGCCCCCAGAGGAGGAGCGGCCUGAUGGGGGUGCGCCCCAGAGCAGGCGCCGUGUGGUGUGGCCCUGCUAUGACAGCCGCCCCCGAGCCCAGCCCGAUGCCAUCUCACGCCUGCUGGAGGAGCUGCAGCGGCUGGAGACAGAGCUGGGCCGGCCCCCUGAGCGCUGGAAGGACACGUGGGACCGGGUGAAGGCUGCACAGCGCCUUGAAGGCCGGCCAGAUGGACGUGGUAUCCCCAGCUCCCUGCUGGUGUCCAGCGUGCCCCACCACCGCCGCUCGCUGGGUGUGUACCUGCAGGAGGGGCCUGUGGGCUCCACCCUGAGCCUCAGCCUGGACAGUGACCAGAGCAGCAGCUCAACUGCAUCUGGCUCCCGCCAGGCAGCCCGCCGCAGCACCAGCACCCUGUACAGCCAGUUCCAGACAGCUGAGAGUGAAAACAGGUCCUAUGAGGGCACCCUGUACAAGAAAGGGGCCUUCAUGAAGCCCUGGAAGGCCCGCUGGUUCGUGCUGGACAAGACCAAGCACCAGCUGCGCUACUAUGACCACCGCGUGGAUACGGAGUGCAAGGGUGUCAUCGACCUGGCAGAGGUGGAGGCUGUGGCGCCUGGCACUCCUACUAUGGGCGCCCCCAAGACCGUGGAUGAGAAGGCCUUCUUUGACGUGAAGACGACGCGUCGUGUUUACAACUUCUGUGCCCAGGACGUGCCGUCGGCCCAGCAGUGGGUGGACCAGAUCCAGAGCUGCCUGUCAGACGCCUGAGCCCAGCCUUGCUUGGGCUGCUCUGCGUCCAGUCGUUACAGACCACUAGGGGUGGGCAGGGCCCCCCGGCCAUGUUUACAGCCCCCACCCUUGACAGUAUUGAGGCCCCGCCCCCAAACUUGUGUGUACAGCCCCCACCCACCCUGCCCACCCCCAUCUGCCUGGCCAGCUCUAACUUAUUUUGGAGUUAUGGUUGAGCACCGGCCGGAAGGCGGCCAUGGUACCCUUGCGGUGGGCCUGUAAAUAAUCCAUCCCACCCAGCCCCGUCAGUGUGCUGGCCCCGGCCGGCUGGCCGCAGGCAGCCCGUUCCUAGAACCAGAUUCUAUAAAGAAAAAAUUAACGAUGUGCCACAUGCCUGUGUCUCCUUGGCCACCCAGAGGGUCCUCUUACUCUGUCCAGUACCCAGGUCUCCCACAUGAGGGGCCAGUCCUGGUGCCAGGGGAUCUACGGCCCUCGGGGCCACUUCAUCAGGCCCUUGAUUGGUGCCUGGCUGUCCAUCCCCCCCAGGCCUCAGGGAUGGUCUUGGGGCUAGCACAGCCCGAAAGGAAGAUCCCCCUCCUUGCCCAAGCAGCCCCUGAGCAGAAGGUGGCCACCUCGGGGCACAUUGCGAAGAGAAGGCAGUUCCCAUAAUGA